CUGCCCCCGUUUAUCAAGGAAAAGGCAAUGAUGUGGGAAGAAUUGGAUGAGGAUCUUCAGCCUGAUUUAGAUGGCAUAGAAUUUAAUAUUGAUAAUGAUGAAGAUCUGGAUGAAGACAUGGGCCUGUUUGAUCAUGUUUGUGCCUUUUGUGAUAAUGGUGGUGAAGUUCUGUGGUGUGAAGGGCCUUGCAUGAGAUCGUUUCAUCCAACAAAAGCUUCUGGUGCUGAAUCAUUAUGUGAAUCGCUUGGUUUUUCUGAUGCUAAAGUAGAGGCAAUGCCCCUCUUUUUGUGCGACAAUUGUAAAUAUAAACAGCACCAAUGCUUUGCUUGUGGGGGGUUGGGCUCUUCAGAUAAAUCUUCUGGUUCUGAGGUCUUUCUAUGUUCUUCUGGAACUUGUGGCCAUUUCUAUCAUCCCUAUUGUGUUGUAGAACUGCUCCAUUUGGAGGAUAGAACUUAUGGGGAAGAGCUUCAGAGACGGAUUGCUGCGGGUGAAACAUUUACUUGUCCCAUCCAUAAAUGCAUUAUUUGUAGACAGGGAGAAAAUAAGGAGGUUGAAGAACUACGGUUUGCAAUUUGUAGACGUUGUCCAACUGCUUACCAUAGGAAAUGCUUGCCUAGGGAAAUCUCUUUUGAAGCUUUGGAGGAAGAAAAUAUCAUGCAAAGGGCUUGGGAAGGUCUGCUUCCAUAUCGCAUUUUGAUAUACUGUUUGAAACAUAAAAUCCGGAAGGACAUUUUAACUCCAAAUAGAGACCACCUUAUAUUUCCUCAUUCUGAAGAAAGGGAUAAAAAAAGUUCACAAAACUUGCAUUUAAGUAAGGGGAAAGUUGUGGCUGUGGAGGGAAAUGUGGCUUUUGAGGACCCAGCUGCAGGAAGAAUUACUGGAAAGAAACGAAAACAUGUUGGAAAUGUCUGCUCUGCCUUAAAAAAUGGUGGGUCUUUGAAAAAAGGUGAGAAAUCAUUUUAUGGAUGGCGGGUUGAUUGCUUCAAGAAACCUAAAGUAGCUGAUGCCUCCCGAAUGUCUUUGAAAGACAAAAGUAGGUGCCUCCCAACGAGUGUUAACAAUUUUUUUUCAGCACGUCAAAGCAAUGAAUCUUCAAGAGAAAAGCAGUCAAAUUUACUGUUGAAGAAGUCAGAAUCAGCAAAGAAAAUGCAGCAAGAAUUACCAAGGAGUUCACUGAGGGAGCGUAUUACCAGUAAGCUUGUGAUCAGAAAUUCCAGUAGCUUUAAGUUAAAUUUACUGCUGAAGCAGUCAGAAGCAAUUAAGGGAAAGAAGCAAGAAGUACCUUGUCGUAUGCUUGGAAAACCCAUUCCCAGUAAGCCUGUGAUAAGAAAUUCCAGUAGCUCAAAGCCAUUAGUAGAUGCUGACAUGAUAAAAAGAAUUUUGACUUUAAAACAACAGUCGGCAUCCUCUGUUACAUCCAAUGAAAUCGAGAAAAAGCCUAAAUGUCUAACUUCUACUUACUUCUCAAGCUCUGACACUCGCAAGUUAAUAACACAGGGAAGGGUGGAGGCUUUGGUUCGGGCUGUUCGAAAUGGUUUAGAAACAUUGGAAAAAGGUGGCAAUAUUGCAGAUGCAAAAGCUGUUUGUGGACCAAAGAUUAUUGACCAGUUAAUGAAAUGGCGGGUGACGCUGAACACCUAUAUUGCUCCUUUUCUCCAUGGUAUGCGCUAUACAUCAUUUGGUCGCCAUUUCACAAAAGUGGACAAGCUUAAGGAGAUUGUUGACAAGCUGCAUUGGUAUGUAGAAGACGGUGACACAAUAGUUGAUUUUUGUUGCGGCGCUAAUGAUUUUAGUUGCUUAAUGAAAGAAAAGCUUGAAGCCACUGGGAAAAUUUGCUCUUUCAAAAACUAUGAUAUUAUACAACCAAAGAAUGAUUUUAGUUUUGAAAAAAGAGAUUGGUUUACUGUAACUCCAGAGGAUCUGCCUACAGGGUCUAAGUUGAUCAUGGGGCUUAAUCCUCCCUUCGGCUGUAAAGCGGCCCUGGCAAACAAGUUUAUUUCCCAGGCUCUCAAGUUCAAGCCGAAGCUCCUCAUUCUCAUCGUUCCAAAGGAAACAAAAAGGUUAGAUAAGAAGGGGCCUGGAUAUGAUCUGAUCUGGGAGGAUGAGAAUAAAUUCUCAGGCAAGUCCUUUUACCUACCUGGAUCUGUUGAUGUGAAUGAUAAACAAAUGGAACAAUGGAACUUGAAGCCACCACCGCUUUAUCUUUGGAGCCACCCUGACUGGACUAAGAAGCACCAGGUUAUUGCUCAUAGACAUGGGCAUAGAUAUAAGAUGGAUCCUGACGUGCGAGGGCCCAGGCCUGGAUUCCAUGCUGAUGCAAUGGGGUACAUGAUCGGUGGUAGCAUUCCUGAGGUGCCAGGGCCACUGAUGAGUACUGGUAGCAUUCCUGAGGUGCCAGGGCCCAGGCCUGGAUUCCAUGCUGAUGCAAUGGGCUUCAUGAUUGGAUCAGAACAUCCUCUCCCCUACCAAAACGGUUCUCAUAGUGAACUUGGUUGA